AUGGACCGCCCAGAAAUUUACAAAAUCAGUGUGUUCUGGGGUGAGAAUAUGGAGGAAUCAAAGUUGUUGGACUCUCGAAACUUGGUGAUUCUGCGAUACCUGACCGACUUGGAGGUUCACAUGGCAGAUUACGAUGCGGUGGGGCCGCUGCCGUAUCGCUUAUCGCAUUUUUCAGAUCCUCCCGGCAAUCUUGUCCAAUUCGACAUGGAUCCAUACGACAGUGACUCGAGUGCGGAUGAGGAUUUCACCGAGACCAAUGUGCUGCUGGGUUACGCCGACGAGGAUGUCAUAGAAGAUACUAUCAGCCAUUUGGGCGGCUGGCCCGCAUGGAUCGAUGAGAAUACUCCACCCCCCGGCGACUAUGCCAACUGCAAAGUCUGCAAUAGCCCGAUGCUUCUCCUUCUCGAAUUGCACGGUGAUCUGCCUGAUCACUUCCCCAACAACGAGCGCCGCCUGUACAUAUUUGGAUGCCCUCGGAAACCAUGCAACCGCAAGGUGGGCAGUAUUCGGGCAUACCGGGCUACUCGCAAGGUCAGUCUACCCGGCCUACCCCUGCCACAGCCGCAGGAGAAGAAGCAGCCGCAGGAGCAUUCCAAGACAGUCCCGGAGCCUGUCGCACCGCCAAAACCCAAGCUGGACCUGGGAGCCAGUCUGUUUGGUGCGACCUCGUUGACCAGCAGUGUAUCUGCGAAUGCGAAUCCAUUCUCGGUCACUCCUGGUUCCAGCUCUGCGGCCGCGGGGGCCAAUCCAUUUGCGAUGCCCAAGCCAGCGACGCCCGCUGCCCAAUCUCCUGCCACGAUCUCUCCAAAUGCGCUUGCUGAAACAUUCGCCGACAAGGUCCGAAUAUCCUCACCCGCCUCCACCAGUGCUUCCGGCUUCGCAACCAAGCAGACACCCGAGUCAAGUGGUGCUCAGGCUCCAUGGCCAGCGCAAUCUGCCUUCCCGGCACCCUACAAAAAGUACUACCUUGAUGCCGAAUACGAGACCAUGUCACGACCUUCAACACCUACGGUCCCCGAGAACGUCAGCGUGGAGCCCAUGGAAGAAGAGGAAGGCGCCGGUGGCGAAAGCGGUGCCGACCUGAAGGAUACGUUCGAGUCAGAAAUGGAUAAGGCAUUCAUGAAAUUUUCGACCCGUCUUGCGCACAAUCCCGAGCAGGUCCUUCGCUACGAGUACCGGGGCACCCCGCUUCUCUCUUCCUACAACGACCAGGUCGGUAAGCGGUUGCAUCCAGAGCACAGCGCCGGCCAUGUCACGACCGUCGGGGGCGGCAGUAUGCCCCCUUGCGAGUAUUGCGGUGCAUCUCGAGUGUUCGAGGUCCAAUUGGUACCCCACGCGAUCUCUAUGCUCGGAGAUGGCCGUGAGGGUGUUGGGCUCGGAGAGGGCGACGCCGGCAUGGAGUGGGGCACGAUUAUCGUGGGUGUCUGUGGACAGGACUGCGCACCAGAGAAGAUUGGGCAACUUGGCUGGCGUGAGGAAUGGGCCGGUGUGCAAUGGGAAGAGAUGAAAUGA